GUGGCAGCUCAGGGAGUGGGGGCAAGACCUCAAAGGUACCAAUCACGGGUAGCUCCGCCAGCGGCAAGAGCACCGCAAUUGCGUACGGAUAUGGAGGUGGGAAACCCCAGACGAUUCCCACUGGACAGCUUUUUGGUGGACGCACUGCUGGAGGAGCCACAAGAGCACAGAUAUACGGUACAAGGACGUAUGGCAGCGGAUAUCCUGGAUACUCUGGCUAUGGUGUCGCAGGGCGAGGAUUUCCGUUUUGGUUCUGGCCGGUUGUUUGGGGAGGAUCUACAAAUCAGUACCUCCACGAUUCUGAAGUAACAUGUUUGCCUCCUCACACCAGAAGUUGACUGACAUUACCCUUCUACAGUACGGCAAUUCUUUCAACACCAGUAGGCUCGGUGGACCGAUGGCAGAGGCCAACUUCAUUUCGAAUAAGACGGGUUCUACUUUUCAUUUACUAUCUGACAACAGCACCAUCGGCUCUUUGAUCGAUUCUGUCAACACCAAUUGCUCGUCGAAUUUGUCAUCCUCGAGUUCAAAAUCACCAUCGCCAUAUAAUUCAUCCACUCCAGGAGGCCCUCAGCCGGAACAAGCUAUACAAUACUACCGCUCUUCCAGCGUCGUGCUAACUUUGGAUGGCUACAAUAACACCGCUACGUUCAACAGCAAUCCGAAUACCACGGACUCGCCGUUGCCUUCUGGGGUCGACAUGUCUCUUUUAAAUUGCUUGAACUACACCAUUGGGCAAGCCGCUCCGUUAAUCGAUAGUGCCAGCUCACGGUACAUCUCACCACCACGCCUUGGCUUUGCUACGCUCGUUUGGUUCUUUUGGUUUUUGGCGCACUACGUCUAAUCCCUCAAGUUCUAGAUCCGUUCAGAUGAUCCUGUUCGUUCCACGUUGUUUAUUGAUAACUUAUCUUUUAGUAUAUUCAAUCAUGAUGC